CCGAGGGGGCGUGGCCAGUCCGACCGCGGGCCAAUGAGCGAGCGGUCACGUGCGGGGGCGUGGCGGUGCUGCCCCCCCGUUUCCUGCGGGUCACGUGGCCGGUGCCCGGCGUUGCCGUGGCAGCGGCGGAGGCGGCUCCGGCUCCCGAUCCCGCUCCUGCUCCGCUCCCGGUCCCUCUCCCGGGGCUCCCGGCACGGCUCCCGGACAGCAGCGCGCCCUUGGAGCCCUCCACCCAGUCCCUCCAUGUCCAUAGCCAGCAAGCAUUUCUCUCACCAUGAGUUCUGAAUUAAACGUUCCGGUGGAUCCUUCCACUCCUGCUUGCUGCUCUGAGCCUGGCACAAAGGGCAUGGAUUAUCGGGACUGGGUCCGGCGCAGCUACCUGGAACUGGUCACCUCCAACCACCACUCCGUUCAAGCCCUUUCCUGGAGAAAGUUGUACCUGAGCCGAGCCAAACUGAAAGCCUCCAGCAGAACCUCUGCUCUGCUCUCUGGAUUUGCAAUGGUCGCCAUGGUGGAGGUACAGCUGGAGGUGCAGUACAAGUACCCCCAGAUGCUGCUGAUCGCCUUCAGCGCCUGCACGACGGUGCUGGUGGCCGUUCACCUCUUUGCCCUCCUCAUCAGCACCUGCAUCCUGCCCAACGUGGAGGCCGUGAGCAACAUCCACAACCUGAACUCCAUCAGCGAGUCCCCGCACGAGCGCAUGCACCCCUACAUCGAGCUGGCCUGGGGCUUCUCCACCGUCCUGGGAAUCCUCCUUUUCCUUGCUGAAGUCGUGCUCCUGUGCUGGAUAAAAUUCCUGCCGGUGGGCUCCAUCCUGAAAAACGAGACCACCAACGUGGAGAAGCCCAGCAGCCACGCAGGGUGGCAGUCAGCACUGGUGUCCACCAUCAUCAUGGUCCCCGUGGGUCUGAUUUUUGUCGUCUUCACCAUCCACUUCUACCGCUCUUUGGUGCGGCACAAAACGGAGAGGCACAACCGGGAGAUCGAGGAGCUCCACAAACUGAAAGUGCAGCUGGAUGGGCAUGACAGAGGCAUGCAGGUGGUGUGACAGAGCCUGCUCACAGCUCAGCCAGGGCUGAGAGCAAAAUACCUGGUCUGCUGCUUGGUGAGAUGCACCAGGGAUGGAUUUUCUUGAGGCUUAAAUCUGUAAAUGCUACUUGCCUGCCAUUUCUAUCUGUGGGUUCUUGUGCUGUUCCACGUGCUGGGGGCUCUGCCCUGGUUCUGGUCCCACACACUUGGUACUUAAGUUGACACUGCCGUGGUGUUCAAGGUCAAAACUUUAUCUACCUUAACAUUGGUAGCCAAAAAUCUGUAUUUUUUACAAAUGCAAUAUGCCGUUGCCAAGAGUGAAACUGCGUCGGCUGUCCCGAGAGCCAGAGUGUGUGUGUUUGUGUGUGUGUGUGUGUGUGUGUGUGUGUGUGUGUGUGUGUGUGUGUGUGUGUGUGUGUAGGACCUGUCUUACAUGUCAGAACUCCCUGGCUGUCAGUGCAGCCACAAUUAGCUGGCAGCUCGUUCCUAGAGCAGAGCUGAUUAAUGUGGGUACCUGCAGCUGACUCAAGGACAUCCAGGAAAGCACAACAGAGACUGAGAAUGUGGAUCACCAUUGUCCCAAAGCAAGUAUUCCAUAAAUACAUAACCAGAAGGAAAAUAGCCUUAGCUUUUAUGUUCUUUUCUUGCUAUUCUUUACUAGGUUUUUAAAGCUUGGGAUGUAGAAUUCUGAACUGCAGGAGGCUUGGGAAGUUCUCUCAUACUUUCCUCAACAGCAUCUGUCAUCUUAGGUUGAGUGAGUGCCAAGAUCAUGUGUUUUUUCCCAAUAAGAGGCAAAAGUGCCCAGGGAAGGCUUACAGGUGUUUUAGUUUUAACAAGGACAUUCUUAAAACAGAACAGUGACAGGGAAUUUAAUGAGACAAGACUUUGAAGGACUAACAAAGCAAGUUUCAAGGAGGUAAAGGAGUGACAGCAAGUAUUGUAGAAAUCUGCCACUGUGUCUUCUUCAUUUGUGCAUUGCUCUGAUGCCUUUUGCCUGGUUUGCUGGAGAGAACAAGCCCAGUCCUGUGUUAUUUCAUCAUUUGGGGUUUUGUUUUGGUUUUUGGUUUUUUUUUUUUAAUUGGCUGUAGCAUUUUUCUGUCAGAAAUGAAUGCUUCCCUCUCCCUCCACCACUCAACUCCUCUGGUGGAACCUGGAGCUGUCCUGGCGCGCCUGAUGGAGCUGGAUCUGGCAGGAAUGUUGUGUGCCAUUAAAGAGCUAUCCCUUUCCUUUGAGCUCAUUUCUUUUUUCAGCAGCUGAGACAAUGACACUUGCAUGUCUGUGUUGCUUAGCAAGGGAAGCUUGUAAAUUCCAUAGCAUCAUCGUGGGUGAAAACUUCUGUAAAAAACACCCCGAUUUUAGGAUUUUUGGUAACUUUGUGGAGAGAAAAGAGUGUUUUGCAAUCAUCAGCUCUUUUAAGGGAAAGUCAGGCUUUCUGACACAGAGGGCUGCAAGAAGAAUAAGCACAUUUUCUUGGCCCUGAUCCUGUGCUGGUUUCCUCCUCCUCUGCACUCCAAAACUGCAGUUUCAGAAUCUCUGAGGCCUUAUAGGUUUCUGAAGUCAUUAAGGAUGUUUAUAACAUUCUAUUUAACCCUGGGCCCUUAUUCCACUGGGAUUUGAGGGCUCUAAUGGCAGUGUAUUGCAUGUCAGCUUCCCAGAAGGGAGAGUACAUGCAAACCCCAGGGCAGCAGGGUGAGACUAUCCCAGUAUUCCUCUCUGACGAAGGCCUUGGGAAACCAACUCUCAUCUCUCUUGUUUACAUGCGAAUGUGAGCAUUGCUGAACAAGUUGCUUAGCACUGUGUCUGUGGCUUUCAUCUGCUGUUCUUGCUGCAGUUGGCAUGUACCAUAUUGGCUGAUGUGCAGCAAAGAAAAUAGUCUUUGUGUGCUAAAUGACUAAUCUGUAUUCAUGUGCAUAUGCAAAAAAAAAAAAAAGGAGUGUCCUCCAGGAAGUGGGGUGGUCGUAAAAUUCAUAUCAACUCCCCAGGACUCUGCCCUCUCUCCCUCCUCUUUUUACCAUAAUAAAAAUUAAAAGGUUUAUACAACAGAAUCAGAGUUGAGUUUUCUGCCAAGUGCUACACGUGUUGGCUCCUCUACCAACAGAAUUUCUGUUGAGAGUCCAGAGCCAGACCAGAUGGGAUGAGUCUCUUAUCUGUACUUUGUACUCUUCUUAACAUCAGUAAUAGUAGAACCUUGUGUGCUGAGGGCCUCAGAAGGCUGUCAAAAAAAGUAUUGCACCAUUUUUGCAAUAUCUUUUUGAAAAGCAUCCCCCUGUGCAUUCAGUGCUGCAAAAGCAGUGCAGUUUGUCUAGAAACAGACAGAUCAUUCAUUUAAUUUCUUGCAAAUGUAAUAAACUUCAGCAAAUUGAGAAAAGCAGCAGAAACUGCUUUGAUUUUGUAGAUUAACUCUUUCAGGCUUGGGUGGGAUUGCAUUCAAGAUCAGCCUCAAGACAGCACAUCUGUGACUGGAGUAGGACCACCUUACUCCAGGAGCGAGUCUGAGGUACAGUUUGGGAUAGUGUCCCAAGAGCAAAUGCUCCUAAAACAGAAUUAUAAUGUGCUUUCCUGUCUUUGCUUGCAGCCAUUUCUUGUGUCUUUCUGGGCACUGAGUUCUCCCUGCCAUAGGAAGCUCAUGGGGGUAUUUUUGCUCUUCUCAAGGUUACCCAUUCAGCCAUUGCUUUUCUUGCUCCUGCCUCUGUUUUUGCAAUUUAUUUACAUUUUCAUCACUGUUGGGUCCAGACUUGUGUUGUAGAAAUGUUACCUGUGGUACCAGCCACGGGAGUUCAUCUGUAAAGGAAGGAGUAGGGAUGUUGUAGUUGUCCAGCUGGGUAUUUCUGUGUUACAACACCAGAAAAUCCUCCUUGCUCCUGCUGCUGCCCCUGUGGCUGUCAGCAGGAUUGCCAUCAGUCAAGCCAGCCUUUCCACACUGUCCCUGCUGUCCCAGCAGGGCUGGCAGCUCUCUGUGUCACGUCUGGGUCUGUCUGCCCGUGCCUGGCCACGUCUGUCCUGUGCUGUCACCUCUCUUUCGUUCCUGGGGUGUCUGUCGUUCUUGGAGUGUCCCAGGUUUUGUGUGGCUGCAAUCCUGCAAUUCCUGCAUGGAGAUGCUUCUCCCAAGGGUUCCACUCUCAGCUGGGGACGUGUUGAGGAUCUCCCCUGGCGUGUGUUGGCUUUCUGCACCAGCUUUGGGCUCUGACUUGCUGCAAUCUGGGGUGGCUGCUGCCCUAAUUCUCAGUCCCAUUGGGCUGUGGCUCUCUGGACCAGCUUUGUUUGAGCUGUUUCUCCAGUUCUUGCACUGGAGCUUAGCACAGGGACAGCCAUGAUCUUGCUUCAGAGUCUUCCUCCAGACUUUUUUUUUUUUUGGCCAGUUUUUGCCCAGCAGGAAAAUGCCUCUGCUGGCUCCAGCAGAGCCUGCAGUCCUCUGCAGGGACCCUGCCUGCCCACUCUAAAGCAGGGAAGGAACUCUCAAGGACAGGGGAACAACAAUUCUUUGUAUCCUUCCCGUGCACUGGCCUUGGUUAGGAGGCAAUUCCUCUCUCCCUUUAGCAGAGCAAAGAAAGGGGCACGACCUCGAGCUGGAGGGAUCAGGAUCGAGUUCUCUCUUUGCUGUAUUCAGUGGCAGCUCUCACUCUGAUCUCCCUAUUUUUAACAUCGCCCCGGGCCAGGGCUGGCUCCCUGUUUCAGUGGAGAGAUGUCUCAGAGACACCUCUCUGUUAGAAAUGGAGUAAUGCUGGAUUUGAGCAUGUGAGCGCUCACAUACCUGGGAGUGUUUCUGGAGAGCACCUGGGUGGGUACAGCUGCAGAGCAAACAUCCUUCCACAUCCUUCCUUUCCCUGCCUCUGGGAUGUGGGGAUGGGCAAUCCCAGGUUGCCUGGAGGUUACCUGUGCUGGGCUGGGGGGUGGAGGUGCUCCUCCUGCCUUUCACCAUGUGCUUUCUUUUCUUUUCCUGCCUUCAAGCAAACAGGCAAACAAAAGACCUUGGAGUUUCCUUGCUGCUGUAAAUUCCUUAUCUUUUAAAUCUCAUUGCAUCAACUUCUAAGACAGCUUCCUCAACACCCCCUCAAGCUGCAAUCAAACUCAGCUGGGCCAGAAGAUAUUUUCUGAUUAACUCACAGGUCCUCUAUAGCCAUUUCAAAGCAGUUUCAGUAAUUAAAAUUGACUGGCUGGAUUUGGAGAGUAUUUCCCUGAAUCUCUGUGUCCAGCUGGGAGCUUGCUUUCUGCCCAGAGGUGUGACAGCCAUGAGUGCUCAGAGAAAAAAAACAAACUGUAUUUUAGCUUUGCCUAUUCUUGUCUUACCUCUGCAUGAACAAUAUUUAAUGUAGAACAACGAAUGUAUCUCAAUUAUUGUCCAGCUGUGUGAGAGAAACUGGAUAAACUUGCUCACUUUUAUGCUUCUUGGUGAUUUCAGACUGAUUUUUUUAAGAGGCAGCUCAAGUCCUCCAGCAUCCUCUAUGGGUUAACUUGGGUUCUGCCUUUUUGAAAAAAAACUUGGUCAGAUAUUAUCAUUCUCCUUUUGCAAUGCACAAGGAGAUAACAAUUAGAUGCACUUCCUUUUAAUGAGGGUCUGGGUCUUGUGUUUUACAAGAAGGUUAAGGAGACAAAGAACUAUAACAGGAAGACCAUUAAAGUUUGUCUCCUGUUAAUAAUUCCAGCUUAGUGGACAAAAUUACUUCUAAGAGCUCAUUAAGAUAAAAACAUCUUCAUACUUUUCUCAGAUUUCUAUGGUACUUGACAGAAAGUUGUUUAUGUUUUGUGACACUGUAAACCAGGAUUUUCUGGCUUUUUAGGAGAGAAUGUACAUAAAGUUUUAAGGAGUAAUACUGAACAGAUGGGUGUGCAAUUGCAUUUUGAUCUAAGGAUGAUGCCCAAGAGGCUGUUUAACAGGUGAAAAAUGUCAAAAGACUGGCACAGCAAUGCCUGUGUAGUGACUAGAUUAAGUUCUGGACUUCAGCAACACCAAGAAAAUGCCCUCACUUUUUGGCUCAGUAUUUAAU